GACGGUUUCGGCGCCUCUUUCAAAGGCGCUUCUGCCCCGCGUCUUGAGGCGAGCGGGCCGGUGACAGAAAACGAUCCGCCGCCGACGCCGACGCGGAAAUCUCACUGCUAAAUAUAUUGCCCGUGAAAAAUCCAGGCCGUCUAAUUGACGGCUUUUCCAUUUCAUUCUAAAAGCCAGUUACUGGGGAGGAGAGGAGAGGGGAGGGGAGGGGAGUAAAGGAAAGGAUUCCCAUCCAGUGGGCCCGCUGUCGGUGUAAAUGUGUGAGGGGCAACGAGAUGUGGGUCCACGGCCAUCGACCCCAGGGCUCUUAAGGCGAGUAUGUGGCUUUCAACAUGAAUUAAAAUCUGUCAAUAUCCCUCAGAGGCAUGUUUUACUCUUGAGAGAAGCCCCAAUCGUUUGUCGUCCCUUGAAGUCACAACAUUCAAUAAUCGAAUGCAACAUGACAUGAUCAUUUAAAGCCAACAUUUUUUGAAUGAUUCUCGAAAAUCUAACUCUUGUCAAAUGCUCCUGGCUUGUACCCCGUAGGUUUCUGAGUGAUAAGGGGAGAGUUUGCUGAUAUGGUUGGGAUUCUUGCUAUGGCUGAUACAGUAGAGGAAUAUGAUCAGCCAUGUAAGAAGCAGAGGAAGGACGUUGAGGAUUCCCCCACAAACACAAUCAGAAGCUACUUUUCACCAGUGUCCAAAUCAGUUGACGCAUCCUCUCCAUCACCCAAAUCCAGCAACAUACUUGAUUACUUCAAGAAAACUCAAAGUGGACAACACGUUACUUCACCAACAACAGUUGAAUGGGAAGAAAAACAUUCAGCGGGAAUAUCUGUGAACAGUAAGGAAUUAACAACGGACUUGGAAGGCAAGCAUCAACCCCCAAAGAGAAAAUUGUCUGGUAAAAGAGUUAACUUAAGCGAUAGGCUUGUGGCCUCUGAGUGCAAUGAGGUGGCUGAAAUUAGUGAUGCCAGCAGCUCGAGUGAUAUAGAAGUGUGCGACGUGAGAUCUGGUGUCGGUGUUCUUGGCAGUGAUACAGCCGCACUGAUCGCUCAGCUUUGUGCAGAGAGCCAGGAACUGUUUGAAGACGACAAGGAGGAUGCUUCUUUUGAUCUCGACACCGCUGUGCAAAGAAAGACAGCAGCAGGGGCCAGAAAGGGACAGUGUAAAGAAUCUGUCAACCUUUCGAAGAAGUCACAGAAACAAAAGUUUGGAAAUAAAGAGGUGCAUUCUCCUGCACUGUCGGACGUUGAGAAUGUGGCGAAUGAUUGCUGUGAAAGCAGCAGUGAAGGUACUGUGGCAUCCCAAUUUGUGGUCAUUGAAGAUCAAGGAGCAUGUCUCGGUGAGACAAAUCUGAACCCAACUGAUGAGGAGACUAGUUCCCUGAACAACAGCACUGUCACCGUGUCAUUUGAGGACUUUAUGAAGAACCAGGAGAAUGAGGAGGUUUUGGCUGAGAAAGGGGCUGGGCUCCAUUCGGAAGUAGUCCAGGAGAGUUGUAAGUCUGACAGCCUAGUAGAAAAUGCAGACUUAACAAUACCUCAGUCAGCAUCUCCUAAAAUCAUGACUGUCCAUGUUCAGAUUCAUCCCAAUCCUGUGUCUACCUUGCCACGCAUUUCCAAAGUAAAACGGCACAGGAUAGCAUCGAUCUUUCUUCGUAAGAAGGUCGAGCCUGAAGAUGAAGCAGUUGAGCACCAGUCUGCAAGCCCACAUUCUGCAGACAGUGCUGACCCAGCACCUCCCAGAAGAUCCAACGUUGUGAUAGCUGAGGAAGAGCUGGAGUUGUGCGUGUUGGACAUAACUGACAAGACUCCUGUAAAGACCAAAUGCGGUCGUAUCGAGAGGGAACAGUUUAUGAAUGCCUUCAGGCAACCCCCUUCCACGGAACUGGCAAAAAGCGGGGUCAAGAAGAUGACACAGAAGCCUAGAGACCCAAAGGAAGGAUUAGCACCAAGUGAUGCAGCAGCAGAAGAAGGUAGAGAGAAGCGUAGCCAAGAGAAAGAAAAUGAGCAAUCUGUUACGCCUGUUAUGUCAAACCAAACCAGUAAAGAUUCCAGGGUGAAAUUAAAAAACCGUGGAAACACAAUUAUGAAAAAGACGAAAAAGCUAAAAGGCAGAAAACGUUCCCAAGACUUUGGAAAAGCAGAAUGUAAAAAUGUAAUUGAUGGUGAAGAGAAGGAAACUAGUCCAAUUGGGGACACAUCAGAAUCGAGACAUUUAACGCAUAUUGAUCCAGCAACAACUCGAUCAAGUGAAACUUGCAGAGUUACAAGGCAAAGCCUUAGACAGCAAAGAGAUGUUUCUAUCCAUUGUCAGACACUAAAUAAGCCCAUUGCCGGGGACUGUCUGGGAACCCCAGUCCAUGUAUCAACCCCAAAACGGAUACACUGGUCCUCAGAAGCAAAUGUCGUCUACAAAGCAGAAAUGCUUCCUGUCACCUCUAACCAAAGCCCUAUCAGAAUGAAGUUUACACGACUCUCUCAAUCGAAAUAUGCCGGAAAAGCCAGAAAAAUGAACGAGUCUUUGGAUUUUACUCCCAAAAGCAAUCAGAUACGCCGAGCCAAGAAUUUAGCCAAAGCAAAGAGGCUGGUUGAGAAAGCCAAAGCACAAAGCAAGUUCAGAAAUCAUGUGGAAACCAUCACACCACUGAGACGAUCAACUCGACGGCAAGCCAGAUUUGAUGGGAAGUUUUACGGGAAUGAGAACUUGGCAAUCAACUUGAGUUCAAGUACAGAAAGCAUCUUGUCAAGCAGUGUUCGGAAUAACAAGAAACCCAAGGCACUGAAAAAUGUGAGUGAUGUGUUGGGGAAGAAUUUGGAUAAAAAGUCUGCGGCCAAGAACACUGCGGUUGAUGUCAAGGUUGCUUCCAUAUUUUUAGCUAAAAAAGUGAUCAAAGGUGUACCGUUGGAACUUAUCACCAUUCUUGAUGAGAGCAGUUGCAAUGGGUCUGAAAACUCUCAGGAUGUUGAACAUUUUCGAGCAAAACGGCAGUUUCUCAUGAGUGGUUUACCAGAUACCUUGAAAAAGCACAUAGCAAAGACUGCAGCAGCGUUGGAGAUCUAUUCAGCUGCAAGUCUCAGUUUCCAGAUUGUUGUACAUGUCCAGCAAAAAAGUCAAGCAUCACUACUGUGGGACCUGCCAUGGCCCGACUGCGCUAUUCUGAAUCGGCUACGGGGCAUGAGUGAACGGAUGGAAGGAAUACUUACACCCUCCCUGUCUCUUGGAGACUUCUCUGAAGUGAAACACACAAUCACUACCUCUGCAUCUUGGAUCGGGUUAUCUAACUGGAGGACAGAAUUCUCACAGGACGUCCAGCGGUGGUUACUCGAAGAGAUCAAGUCAUCCAAUCCAGAGUUCCCCGUACGGAAACUGUUUAAGCCAUUACUGCAGAAAAGAAGUGAAUAUUUUGCAGACCUGCUCAAAACAGGGUCUUCCACUAAAAUGGAGAAUUCUGUCAUAGAUGUCGAUGCAGAGCCUUGGCAAGCGUUACCUGUACGUAGCAGUCCAGGACCACUACUGGGGAAAAGGAAGAGAAAGGUUGAAAGGCGGGAUCAGAAACAAAAAAGAAUGAAAGCUCUCGACAGUGACCAGGAACUGAUUGUCAUCCAGGACGAGGGACGUUGCACUCAGGAGGCGGCCGAGGGAUCCACGAGGAAUGAAAGAGGCAUCCAAAACCAGAACUGCACCACCAGAAAGCGGCUCAGCAGAUCUGCUAAGAGAAAGCUGCAGGAGUGUGAACAUAAAACCGAAGAGGCAGAAGCGGCAAACGUGCCCGUCCCACUGUGUGUUUCUGAAUUGACUGAUCUACCGAAGAGGGAGGAAGCAGCCAUUUCCGAUGGUGUGGGUACGGUCAAGGAAGAUCUGUUGUGGACGGAGAAAUACCAGCCGCAGCAUUCCAGUGAAGUUGUGGGAAAUCUCAGUGCUGUCAGGAAAUUACGCAGUUGGUUGAUGGAAUGGAAGAAAAGAGCUGACAAAGAAGAAACAAAAUCACAGAAGGAAAGAAAGACCGAAAAAGAUGAAAAAGUGGAUACUUGGGACAACAGUGAUUUUAACAUGGAGAGUUCUGGGGAUGAAGACUUUUUGUGCAAUACAGUGCUAAUCACUGGACCUCCAGGAGUUGGGAAAACUGCUGCAGUUUAUGCCUGUGCCCAGGAGUUGGGUUUCAAGGUAUUUGAAGUGAAUGCUUCCUCACAGCGAAGUGGCAGACAGAUCCUCUCUCAGCUUAAAGAGGCCACGCAGUCUCACCAAGUGGAUAAACAGGGAGCCGGUGCCCUCAAGCCUGCCUUCUUCAGCGGCAGCAGGUCCCUUCCAAUGCAAACGACCAGAUCUCCAAGGAAGCCCAACUCUCCCAGAAGUGUCGUCAGGUCGCCCAGGAAAGCUGCCUUAUCUCCGAGGAAAAAGGGCUCAAUGAAGAGCCUGGCGCCCGUGUUCUUAGCCAAUUUCUUCAAAGCCCCGUUGAAGUCUAACAAAAGUGAAGAAAUGGUAAAGGCUGACAAUUGGAUGAGUGUCAAACCUCAAAAGAUUUGUAAGACCCCGAAAACUAGUGGCCAGGUUUCGGAAGUGUCCAAGGUCCCUGCUGUUUCUGAGAACAAAGACACAGAAGAAUGUCAUCGCAAGAGUGCCACGUCACUCAUUCUGUUUGAAGAGGUGGAUGUAAUAUUUGACGAUGAUGCUGGAUUUCUAAAUGCAAUCAAGACCUUCAUGGCAACUGCAAAACGGCCUGUUAUACUCACCACGACUGAUCCUAAUUUCAGCUUAAUGUUUGAAUGCUGCUUCGAAGAAAUUCGUUUUAAAAUGCCAUCCCCGGCAAACGUUGCCAGCUACCUCCAGCUCUUGUGUCUAGCUGAAAAUUUAAGGACGGAUAUGAAGGAUCUCGCUACACUCCUUGCUCUUAACAAAUGUGACAUUCGCCAAAGUAUCCUCUACCUGCAGUUCUGGGUGAGAAGUGGCGGUGGCAACAAAGUGGACAAGCUUCUUCCCACUGAGACUGAGAAAGAACAGGUCAAGACGGCUGAAGAUGCUGUGGAGAGAUUGUCAAAGGGCAGCUCUGCUGUGAAGAUGCGGGAGGUUCCCAAAUGCAACACGGGAUGUGCUGAGAACCUGCUUGGCUUCAAAGGCGAUGCUGAACCUUCAAACGGCCUCUUUUCCAUGUUUAAGCGCGACCUCCUCACCCUGGAGCAGUGGCGAAGACAAGUGCAGGUCCUGCUGGAGUUCCAGCGGCGGCGACUAGACUUCAUCUUCAGCAGCCUGGAGUUCCUUCUGCCCCUUCCACAGCGCGUCGUUCCCCAUCCAAAGAAGCCGGAGAACGAGAUCGGCCCUUCCGCCCGCAAUCCCCAACAGAAAGCCGGUGGUUUCCCGGCCAACUCCAGCCCCGUAAAAAUCCCAGGCAGGACGAAGCACUGCAGGAAAUCUGCCCUGUUCGACGACAGUGACUUGUUUGACCGAGAGCUGAAUGACAGCAGUGUGUUUGUUACGUUGCCAAAUGUAACGUCUACCUCAUCGUGUGCUGUCGACAAGGUGGUGUCAGGAGGCCGUGCGAGUGCAGCGAAUGAGAACGUCCCCCCCGAGAGCAGGUCUGGCCCCUCAGUCGGCACGGUAAAGAAGCCGAGGACAUUGGCACAAAAGAGGUGCAGCAAGUUAGUGUCGUCGUGCCUGGGGUCGCUGGCCACGUUUGCCGACACGCUCUCGUUCCUGGACUCCUACCUCAGCGGCGGGGCCGGGGAGAGCGAGGGUUUGUGUGGACGGAGCAGUUACCACUGGGCCGCAGCGCAGAUUAAAACGGGCAUGUUGGAUGAGCGGAGGCUGGAGCGGGGAGACUGGUGGAGCUUCCGCCGCCUCGGGGAGGUGAGAGCCGACGUGGAAGCCUUGAGCUGGAGUCAAUGCCGCUCACAGAUUACAAGAACCCUGGACUCGUCCGGCACCAAGUGCACAGAGCCGGGCGUGGAGGCGAUGCAGGAGCUCACGCUACACGUUCCAAAUCACCCAAACAGCAACACCACCUUCACAGAUCACCUGCACUACCACAACAGCACUGCAUCUAAAAGAAUCGAUGUUCUCCAAACAGUAUUCUCCAACAGCAAGGUGUCUGUGGGACUGGGUCACAGGCGAGCGAGUGCCACAGAGUAUCUGCCAGCUCUCCGUACCAUCUGCAGGGCAGAGAAACUGAAGGAGCAGGGCAAAGCAAAGCGCAGGUUUCUGCACUAUUUGGAUGGGGUGCACAUGGAACUGCCUAAAAUCACAUUGGAAUCCCUGGCAGCAGACUUCCCCUGAGCUGAUGGCACUAUUAUCUGUACAGUAAAUUACUAUGCCUGGACGACAAGACCAUCUUUGGGGGUGGUUUGCCCCUGCUCCCUUUUGGUUCCUGUUUUCGUGUGUGUGUGUGUUUGUCUGAAUGUAUGAAUUUUUUUGUACAGUAAAGUGAUGUGAAUCUUUGUAACAGAAUAGUGGGUAAUCGUAAUUUAAUUGCUGCGGACAACCUCAUCCUGCUGUCGAAGAAUGUAAAAACCAAGUUGUUGGUGCUGUCUGUUCAUAACAUGUGUGGAGAAUAAACUAAAUCAUUGCCCUUCAA